AUGCCUUCGAUUUCGAUUUCAGAUGCGGCAGGGAUGGGAGGCCCAGCUCCUAUGAAUUCGAUUCCAGAUGUAUCCGGGAUAGGAAAUCCAGCUCCUAUGACUCCGAAUCCGGAUAUAGCUAGUAUAGGAAAUCAAAUUCCUAUGAUUUCAAUUCCAGAAGCGGCAAGGAUAGAAAAUCCAGCUCUUAUCUCGAAUAAUGACAGUCACAACAACAAUAAUAACUUGGAUGAAACAAGUCAAGCAAAACGCAAACCCAAUAGAUUCGAAGGUCUCGGGCUCGCUCAACGAUUGCGACUGAUCCAACAGACACAUCCCCUGCGCACAACUCCGCAUGAUAAUAAUGUGUCUGUCACUUCAAGUUCAUUACCUCCUUUACCCCCAGGAACCCCCACUUUUUAUUUCCCUACUACAGUUUCUACUGAAGUUACCAAUACAGUGAACACUACAGUUCCCAUUACAAUUUCCACCACAAGUCCCAUUACAUUGGAAACUAUAAUGGGCUUUGUAGUAGAAGAAUUCAACCUUCGACCACCUAAUAAGCAACCAAUUUUUCCCUACACACUAUAUGACUUUACAAAGUCUGACUUAGUGGUAUCUGAAAUCAGCGGGAUCAACGUAGAGGAGCAAUAUCAUGAUGUCAUGGCAAUUGUUGGGGAAGCUUGUGGCAAAUGCUCAAAGUGUACGAGUGACACUCGUGUCCAGGAUUUGAUUGAUACGAUCAUUGAAAUACAGUUCCCGGACCUGGAUACCGCCCUAUUCCGGGAUGGGAUUCUGGAUGAAUUUGGAUUCGACGACUACUGGAAUGAGCUGAUAGUGGCCAAGCCCGAGGUCAGGAGAGGGUAUGUGAAAUUUGAGACGUGGUACGCAAAGGUAUGGCAAGACAUUGAAGCGAAUAACGACCUGCCAACUAUCUCGAAGGCUAUCGAAAAGGAGUUUUGUCGAUCUCGAGAUUUCAGACGGAUUUUGGCAGGUAAAGAAGUCCCGGAAUGUAAAUGGAGAAAGAUGGAAUUACUUAUUUUCGUGAUAAGAAUGCGGAGAAUUCGAGGAAAGCUAGAGGAACACCCCCGGACACAAGAAAAACAAGAGACAAAGACGAUAGAAACCACUACAAAAAAGAACCGGAAGACUAGAGACAAGGAGAAGAGGAGGAGACUGAGGGACCGAGAAGAUAAGAUCGUGGCCAAAUUGCUGCAUGAUACAUUUGAAGAGACAAAUAGAUUGGUGAUAACAAGAGACAUAAGGAAUCUUGUAAUGGCACGGCGAGAGAUCACAGAUUGUUUUGUAAAGGUUGGCACUCCUGAGAGUAUUUUUUCGAGCUGGGAAAAGGAAUCAGCACUGCUACCAUUCAUCAACAUCCAGAAGUUUGUUUCAUUGGUGAAGGUGAGCUAG